CAAGACGGCAAGAUGAUAACGCAAUUAUGUUGAUAUAACUUUGAUAUUAAAGGCUUGUAGUUAUAAAUUAAUUAACUGUAAUUAACUGUAAUCAAUUACGAAUCUCGCUCAAAACCUUACCUAUUUUAAUCUACAAACAGGUAAUUUACAAAAUCGCAGAUAAGACAGGAAUUAGGUAUAAUGAUAUUCCUAAAAUUGUUAUUAAAAAACAUUGGCCUAAUACUGACUAUAAAAACGGUUUUUUGCGUCGGUAAUAGUUUAGAAAAUAUUGGUCGUUUACCGAAUAACACGAUGCCAGUUCACUAUGACAUCAGUCUGACAUCAUAUCUCGAAGAAGGCAACUUUACUUUUUACGGUAAAUCGAAUGUCAAAUUCAAGAUUUGUUAUGCAUCGUCAAAAAUAAGCUUACACUCGAAAGAAUUAGAAAUAAAUGAAACGGCGACAAUGUUGAUUAAUGAUAAAGAUACGAUUUAUAAACCAAUGGAACACAUUUAUAACAAUGUAACAGACAUUUUGACACUGAAUUUCAAAAAUGUAUUAUCACCUGGUCUUUACAUCUUGAACAUGAAAUUUUCUGGUAAUCUAUUACCUGAAUCUAUGCGAAGAGGUUUUAUGAAAUUUCCGUACACAAUUGAUAAAGGAAAUGAUACUAAGUGGUUGGCUGUAACGCAUUUCGAGCCGGAUGGCGCCAGACGAAUGUUUCCAUGUUGGGACGAGCCAGCAUUAAAA